AUGGAUCCAGUCGCCGGAAUGAUCGACCUGGAUGAUGCAGCAAACGAACAGUUAAUAAAGACCAGACGUGGAAAAAAAGAGAACAAACUGCUGCAGUCCAGUGCGUACUCAACCCAAAUCAAUCGAUCAGCAAAUAUCGAUUGGAAGUUACUCAACAUAUUAGUGGAGGACCAAUGUCCCAAUGGUCAAAUUAAGAAGGAAAAAUUCGUUGAAGUCUACGACCAGCUUUAUUCCGAUGGGAAAUCUAGUGAUUUCUGUAGUUUUACGUUUGGGCUGUUUGAUCGUGAGGAUUCUGAAACAAUCGAAUUUCACGAAUUGAUGGUAGCAACAGGAUUGAGACAAUGUCAUGACCUUCAAUUGCGGUAUGGUUUGGCCUUCAGUUUGUUCGAUUCUGAUAACACCAACACCAUGCAUACUUGUGAUGUGAUUCGAGCGAUUAGUGUUCUGUUGGAAGCCAUCGGUCAAACGGAUGGUCAAGGUGAUCAUCAUGCAAAUCGUUCGGCGAAAAAAUUGAUUGAAAGAUACACUGUUAGUGGAAACAACCAAUUGAAACGAGACCAAUUUAUUGAUGGAUGCAAGAAUGAUUCUUCUCCUUGUGGUUUACUUGCUCGCGACGACUGA